UGUGGAAGCACGCUUUUCUUUCUGUCUGAGGAACUUCCAGAACCUGCUGCUGUUUUUCCCUCAGACUCUCGAGGAUGAAGUCGGUUAAAAGAGUCCAUGAAGAGGAGCAUGGAGGAGAGGCCGAGUUUUCUGCCAUGUCAGACAGCGACCCUUAUGAAGAUGACACAUACCCGCUUAACCUUUCCACCAGCAGCCGCGGAGCUUCUGCAAAACGCCGCAGGCGGGGAAACCUGCCCAAAGAGAGCGUUCAGAUUUUAAAGAGCUGGCUGUAUGAGCAUCGCCUUAAUGCCUAUCCAUCAGAACAGGAGAAGUUAAGUCUUUCAGAACAGACUGGUCUCUCUAUCUCACAGAUCUGUAACUGGUUCAUCAAUGCACGGCGGCGGCUGCUUCCUGAACUGCUUAGAAAGGACGGGAAAGACCCAACACUAUUCACCAUCUCCCGCCGUGCUGGCAAAUCUGACAGCAGGUCUGUAGGUUCAGCCUCCCCAGACCACCCCUCCCCUACUUCCAUUUCUGCACCUCGUCCUUCUGUCAUCCGACCCGCCCCCGCGCUGGACCUGAGCAUGCUGGGUAACACCGCGACCGCCAUCCUAAAAGGCGCCGGCUGCUUGGUUGGAUCUGGAUUAACCAGUCAAGACGGAGGGGUGCAGACCCUCAUGCAGAUGGACACCCGGGGCCUGCUAAAAAGAGAGAGUAUGACCGGAGCUCCUGGCCUCACUACUAUUCCAGGCUCUACUUCCGGCAGCUCGAGUUUGGUCACCGUAAGUCCUACAGUUUUGCUCUUCAACACACCACCUCCUACACCCCCUGAGCCCUGCCCACAUGAUUUUAGUGACCUCAAGCUGCUGGUGGACGCAGCACUACAGAGAGCAGCCGAGCAGGACAAUCGGAGACGGGAGGAGCACCAGCCUUCAGCAACAGGAGCUCCGAACGACGAUCCAGAGCGAGAAACCAGCAAGUUGAACUCCUCACCAAGCGUGCAUGAAGAGACUGUGUCCAUUCUCCCUGUCUCUGUACCUCUGUUCAAUACUCCGACUCCAGCGCUUUCAGCCAGCGGUGCCGGAAGUAACCUGGCAGUGGUGCCCCAUAGGUUGGCUGAAGCUGUUAAUUUUCAGCCAAACAGUGUGUGGAGUGUGGUAAGAUCAGCCAGUCCACCUCCAGGCAGCGUCAUGCACACCUGGAGCGCGCAGCACACACUCCAUUCAGUCUCCGAAGCCGUCAAUUAA